AACUGGGCUAAUCCCUUCAAUUUGAUCUUGGCCUAAAUUUGGAUCCAUAGGUGUUUCAGCAGGUCUACACCCCAGAUUUCCGGUCUCCUUUAGCAAGUCUAAGAUAUAUUUUCGUUGAGAGAUGACAAUGCCAUCCUUAGAUCUCACUGUCUCCAUUCCUUAAAAAUAUCUCAAACUUCCCAAGUCUUUAAUUUCAAACUCAGUUGCAAGCAUCUUUUUCAAAUUAAGGAUCUCCCAUAGAUCAUUUCUAGUGAUGAUGAUGUCAUCUACAUAUACAAUCAGGAUUGCGGUUUUGUUGUUUGCAGAUUUCACAUAUAGAGUAUGAUCAGCUUGACAUUGAUGAUAACCACUUUUAAUCAGAACUUUGGCAAAUAUAUCAAACCAAGCACGAGGAGAUUGUUUUAAUCUGCAUAAAGACUUUCUCAACUUGCAUACCAAGUCUUUGUUAGACUCAUUUUCCAUUCCAGGAGGAACCUGCAUAUAAACUUUUCUUCGAGAUCACCAUUCAAAACGACAUUUUUGACAUCAACUUGAUGAAGGGGCCAAUCUUGAUUUACUACUAAAGAUAAAAGGACACGAACAGUGUUUAAUUUAGCAACAGGAGCAAAAGUCUCCUGAUAAUCGAUACCAUAUGAUUGAGUGAAGCUUUUAGCCACAAGUUUGCUUUGAAUCUUUCAACACUGCCAUCUAACUUGUAUUUAAUUGUGAAAAUCCAUUUGCACCCAACAGGGUUCUUUCCAAGAGGAAGUGUUGUGAGAGUCCACGUUCCAUUACUUUCAAGAGCUUUAAUUUCCUCACUUAUAGCCUUUUUCCACUUAGGAUCCUUAAGUUCAUCUUGGAUAUUGUGUGGAAUUUGAAUAUUGUCCAACUGCGACGAAUUUAAUUUUCCAUAUGCCACAUAUUUUUCAAUUGGAUGGCUAGUACAACUUCUAACACCUUUCCGUUAGAGUCUUGUAAGGUAGCCCCUUUCUUUCUCGAGUAAACAAUAGGAAUUCGACUUUGUGGGAUUAAAGGUUCAGAUUCAGAAACUCGUAAGACUUCAAGUUCAGAAGCAAUAAGUGGGAUUGACACGGGAUUAGGUAGCUCAUUCAGAGAAGGAGCUAAAACUUCGGAUAUGAUGUGAGUAAGAGGUAGGGGACAAGUAGGCUGAACUUCCCAUGGCUCAAAUUCUUGCACAUUCUCCCCUUGAAUUUGAGACUUGGUGAAAUAAGGUUGGUUUUCAAAGAAGGUAACAUCCAUUACAUUUUUCUAGUAAUUGGGGAAUUUGUGCCCCUUUUGAUGUGAUGAAUAACCUAGAAAAAUGCACUUAAUGGAUUUUGGAUCAAGUUUAGAUUGAUGGGGAGAAUGAUUGUGAACAAAGGAGGAACAUCUAAAAACUCGAAAGGGUAAUUGUGAAGAAAAGUUUUGUAGUUGGGAAUGAAUUGGAGGAAGACAUCUCGAGGAGAUUGGAAUUUGAGGACUCGACUAGGCAUUCGAUUUAUGAGAAAAGUUGCAGUAAGAAUGACUUCUCCCUAAAACAGAUUAGGAACAUUACUAGCAAUCAUAAGAGAAUGAGCGACCUCAAGGUGUCUAUUUUUCCUUUUGGCAAUCCCAUUUUGUUGAGGAGUGUCCACACAUGAACUAGUGUGAACUAUACUAUGAGAUGAAAGAAAUGACCUAAGAGUUGAACUGAAAUAGUUUCGAAUUAUUAUCUGUUCUAAGGACUUGAAUAUUACUUUGAAACUGAGUGGAGAUCAUAGAGUGAAAGGAUUGAAAAAUACUGGAUGUUUCGGAUUUGUCCUUCAUGAGAUAUGUCCAUGUUAGUCUAGUGUGGUCAUCAAUAAAAGUUAUGAACCAAUGUGCUCCAAAUAUUUUUUUUAACUCUAGAAGGCCCCCAAAUAUCACCGUGGAUCAAUGCAAAAUGUUUCGAAGAUUUGUAAGGCACACUUGGAUAAGGAUUUCUGGUAUGUUUAGAGAGUUGACAAACUUCGCACUGAAAGUGACUCUGUUUUUUAUUAAUGAACAGAUGAGGAAACAACCUUUCAAGAUACACAAAAUUUGGGUGACCGAGACGAAAAUGCCAUAACAUGACUUGAUUUUCACCAGACAAAGAUGUAGAACAAGAAGAGGACUCGGGAAUGAAACUAAUAGAAUUAGAAGAAGACUCACACAUGGGGUUGAAAGACGAACUUGGAUGAUGUUUUCCUUGAAAACGAUAGAGGCCACCUUGCUACUUAGCAAUGCCAAUCACCUUUCCCGAACCCAACUCUUGAAAUUCACACAAAUUCGAAGAAAAUUUAGAUAUACAAUUCAAGUCACUCGUAAGUUUGCUUAUCGACAUCAAGUUAUAGCUCAAUUUAGGAACAUAAAGAACAUUGGAAAGUAUAAGAUCAUUUCAUAAUUUUAUCGACCUUGUUCCUAUAACCUCAGAGAGAGAACCAUCUAUUAUUCAGACUGAGGAAUGGCCAAGAUGUGAUUUAAACUGAGGGAAAAUACUGAUGUCUCGGGUCAUGUGAUCUGACGCUCCAGAAUCUAGAAUCCAUAAUUUCUGUUUAUUGUGUUGUAUAGAGAAGUAAGGCAUGACAAAGUCCUGAUGAGCAAAAGUUAUAGAUGUAACAGUUUGCUUUGUCAUGUUGUGAGACACUGAUUAAUUGAGAUUGAGUGGCUCAAUUGAUGAGUUUGAACAAAAACCAAAGAAUACUCACAAAUAACGCAUUAUCAUCCCGAGCAUAUUUGGAAAAAAAAAAAAACAGAACUAAACUGCCUGAACCAAUUUCAUUUGAACCAAACCAACUGGUCUGAACCAAGUGGGGCUUAAAUGAACCAAACAAAGGCUUGACUGAACAGAAUUGGCCUUAGAUGAACCAAAUCGAUUUGGCUGAACCUGAACUAAUCUUGAACUGAAUGUGUGAAGAAAAACCUUCACUGCCCCGAUAUGAACAUGAUAGCGAUUGAAUUUGGUCAUCUGACGUGAGAUCUCUAAACAACGUACGACAAAGAACCCAUUGAAUCUCUAAACGACAAAAGCAGAGUGAGCAAAUUGAGUCCACAUAUGAUGAUCUGAGGAGCAAAGAACCCACGGAGAAUGUGAGAUCAUAUCUGGGCAAGGACCAACCAACAAAUGGCUGAUUUGGUUUAACGGAUCGUAGGCUUCUCGUUGUCUAUGAUGGAUCGCUGACGUGGGAUCGAGAUGAAUCGAAGCUGAAGAAAAACGAUGACAGUGGGUUAUGAGACGAAUUGGGUACGCGGAUCUGGGUGCACGGACCUAGGAGUGCGUGGACGAACGACUCUGGUAUGGUCAGCAACAAUGGCUAGGAUGUCCAGCAGUGGUAACUGCAACUUGAUGACGAUGGGUUCUGUGGAGGUGGUGGCAGAUCUGAUGACGGCGGCUAGGGUUUGUGCAGCGCUGGCGAUGACGGUGGUUGGACUAGGGUUAAGAGCUGCCCAAGUGGAUGAUAUAAUCUCAUAUGGGUGGUCAACGUUGGGGAAAACAAUUGUUUUUAAGAACCUAGAUGGAAGUCAUGGAUGUCACGGUUACGAGAACGUGACCUGUGCUCAUGGAAGAUAUCCAAGGGCUUACCGAGAAUGUGCUCUCAAAUGGAGAUGUAUAUUUUGGCAGUUUCAAAGAUAGUUUGCCACAUGGGAAGGGAAAGUACACGUGGUUUGAAGGAACAAUUUAUGAGGGUGAUUGGAAAGAUGGAAAAAUGACAGGUAAGGGAAAGAUUAUGUGGCCAUCAGGAGCAACAUAUGAGGGUGAUAUCUCGGGUGGUUAUCUUCAUGGUUUUGGCACCUUCCACUAUUCUGAUGGGUCUAUCUAUAAUGGAGCUUGGAGGAUGAAUAUUCACCAUGGGAUUGGACGAAAGCUAUAUGCUAAUUUAGACAUUUAUGAUGGUUCUUGGAAAGAAGGGAUACCUGAAGGUUGUGGUAGAUACUUCUGGAGUUCUGGAAAUUCUUAUAUUGGGAACUGGAAAGGUGGGCAAAUGUGUGGUAAAGGGAUUAUGAAAUGGGUAAAUGGCGAUCAUUUCAUUGGCUUUUGGCUGAAUGGUCUUCGACAUGGAUCUGGAGUCUAUUAUUUUGCUGAUGGUGCAUAUUACUUUGGAUCAUGGAGUAGGGGCCUCAAGGAUGGAAAAGGGACAUUUUAUCCAGCUGGUAGCAAACCACCAUCCAUGGAGAAGUGGCAUAACUUUCUUGGUUAUGAUAUUGAUGGAAAAGGUUUUGUAUCUCGUACGCUCUCACUAAAUUUAGAGAAAGAAAAGGCUCCAAGGCAUGGCCUUAAGCACAGUUUGUCAGAGAAGAUUUCCGUCACUGGAAUUUCAAGUGCUGGAGGACUAUCAAAUUGGCCUACAUCGAUGGAUGUGAAUUGGGGCUCAAGUUAUCCUACUCAAGAAGCAUCAGCUGAUGAUGAUUCUUGUGUGAUGUCCCAUGCUUCUGAUCAAGGUCAAAAUAAUGUACCAUAUAAUGAUAGAGUGGUUUAUGAGAGGGAGUACAUUCAAGGAGUUUUGAUACAAGAGAGGGUUAAGGACUAUGAAGAACUAUUGCACAAAAGUAUGGAACAAAAGAAAACUACUGUGAAAGAAGCAGCGAGGGUGUCAUGUGUUAACUUCUUUGAAAAUCAUCGGAGCUACUAUUUAAUGCUUAACUUGCAACUUGGUAUAAGGUACACUGUUGGUAAGAUUACACCAGUUCCUAUGCGUGAAGUUCGAGCUUCUGAUUUUGGAAAACGGGCUAGAAUAGUGAUGUACUUUCCUAGAAAGGGUUCUCAGUUUACACCUCCACACUAUUCUAUUGACUUCCAUUGGAAAGACUAUUGUCCUAUGGUCUUCAGGAAUUUGAGAGAGAUGUUCAAACUAAAUGCAGCAGAGUAUAUGAUGUCCUUAUGUGGCGAUAAUGGUCUAAGGGAGCUCUCGUCGCCCGGGAAAAGUGGAAGUAUCUUUUAUCUUUCUCAAGAUGAUAGAUUUGUGAUCAAGACUCUGAAGAAAUCUGAGUUGAAGGUUUUGCUCAAAAUGCUUCCUAAAUAUUAUGAUCAUGUAAAAGCACAUGAAAAUACUCUCAUAACAAAAUUUUUUGGUCUCCAUCGCAUAACAAUUAAUGGUCGGAGUAAGGUACGCUUUGUGGUCAUGGGAAACAUGUUCUGCACAGAAUUAAGAAUUCACCGUCGUUAUGAUCUGAAGGGCUCAACCCUCGGGAGAUAUACUCAUGGAGAUAAAUCUAAAGAUGGUAUAACAUUAAAGGAUCUCGAUUUGUCAUAUGAAUUCCAUAUGGACAAAUUGUUGCGACAAUCCCUUUUCAAACAAAUUUCCCUCGAUUGCAUGUUUUUGGAGUCUCUGCACAUAAUUGACUAUAGUCUACUGCUAGGAGUGCAUUUUCGAGCUCCUGAGAAACUGAAGGCUUUGUUGGAACCUCCUGCUACAGUUCAAAAUUCUGAAAAUUUACUCCAUGAUGAUGCAGGUGAAUCUUCAGAAAGUGAGCCAACGAUUCCUCCAAAGGGCCUAAUACUUGUAACACAUGAACCUAGCUCUGUAACCACUGCUCCAGGUCCUCACAUCAGAGGAAGACCAUUGAAGACAGACACAUUCGGUGACAGAGAAGUUGAUGUAUUACUGCCUGGCACAGCGAGAUUUCGUGUGCAGUUGGGAGUAAAUAUGCCUGCUCAAGCUAGUCACAAACUUCGUGAGGCUCAGUCAGGGUCUGCUGAAGUAGAACUUUUUGAGGUUUACGACGUAGUUCUUUACAUGGGGAUUAUAGAUAUACUGCAGGAGUACAAUGUGAAGAAGAAGCUAGAGCAUGCGUACAAGUCCUUAAGAUUCGACCCUCUUUCGAUAUCGGUUGUAGAACCUCAUUUGUAUGGCACAAGAUUCAAAAAUUUCUUGGAGAAGGUCUUUCAUGACUUACCAUGAAAAUGUAAGUAAACAGCUUGUAUUUGUAGUUUGUUUUCAGUUGUGCUGUCUCUUUCAUUUGUUUUCGUUGUGCUUAUUGUUUUCUGGGUUAGAUGAUACACUUCAGUUAGAUUUUAAAUAAAGGGUACAAAGAUCAUUCCAGUCA